CUUGCCUGCCUAAUUCCUGUGCUGGGUGUUAGCAGCUGGCCUGGGUGCAGGGUUGGUGCCAGGGUGCAGGAGCUGCUGAAGGAUGGGAGAGGCAGGGCCUAGGCACCAGAGGCCCUGGCAUGGCAGUGCUGCCCACCUGGCUUGGGAUAAAGAGAACCCAGUUUAAUUUCAGUGCCCGCUGCUUGUGCAGUCCGCUGGCCAGUUCAGGAUGGCAGGUGGGCUGCUGUGGUCUUGCAGGAAGCCUUGGGAUCUGACGGGGAAAGGGACAGAGAAGGGGGAAAAAAGAGGAAGCAAGCCAGCAAGUGGGAGUGUGGAGAGGAGGGGAAACAGGCUGUGAAAUGGCAGAGGGGAGAGCGAAAAAGGGGAAGGAUGGGGGCAGAGGAGGAAAGGAGAUAUUAUUAAAGCAAAGGCUAGUCUUGCCAGGCUGCUGGAAGUUGGCCCCGGAGUAAGCUGCAGCGAGCAAUCUCUGAUUUCUCUUUGCUGUAAAAUGAAGCAACAGGUCAGCAGAACCUUUUCUGGCUAUACAGCAGGGUUUGGACGAGGCUAGCUGAGGACAUGCACAUUUUGGUAUAACAUGGUUCAGGGGGUGCUUUUCUCCUGUUUCAACUUUUUUGUAUGUUUCAAUUAUUUAUAAUCAAAGUAAUACUCUGGAUCUUUGGGUCUUGAGUUCAUAGUUUAAUCUCUGCAUGGUCAGCUUUUUAUAUGUGAAAAUCUUACCCAUUUUGCUUUCAUCUUUUCUUAUGCUUAGGGAAAAAGAAUCCUCACCUCACAGGCUUGGAAGCACUUAUUUGCGGUGGUUGAGGGAGAGGACAAAGGACAGCACAUCUGGACCGCGGCAGAAGCUGGUGUGAAGCCUAAGGCUGCCAUUGAAGAUCUCACCUGCUAUUUUACAGUGUUCUCUUCUAGAGAGUUUUCUGGGGCAAGAGAGGCAGAGAGACCUCCGCAGACCAAGCCCAAGGCAGUCACUCCACUUGGUGUCUAUUCUCCCAGUUAUCAUGAGCUCUGAGAAGCGCCAGCCACAGAGCAUCGCAUUGGAUGUCAAGAGAAAUAAGAAAAUCGAUACGUAUUUCCAUCAGGUACUGUCACAUAUGAUGUUAUGUAAUGUUGACAAAUUCCAGCAGAAUGGUUCCAGACUUCCUCAAACAUCCUAUACAAAAUGUCAGACGCAAAAAACUAACCUCCAGGCUCAAGGCUGCAUAGACGAGGUUCCAAUCCCUACUAAGACAGUGAAAGUUACUUUGAAGGGAGACCACAGGGCAUAUGAGGUCAAAGGCAGUGGGAGUGUUAGCUUGUACCAGAUGCUCACCAGUCAGAGUGAGGCUGUCAAAGAAAAGAUUGAUUCCCAGAAAGGCAAAGAAAUGCUGGUGAGAGGCAUAGAAGGCAUCGAAGGGUUUGUCAACCCAGGGAUGCCCCUGAGCUGUUUCCCUGAGAACUGCCAUGUGGAAAUUACGUUUGUCCACAGUAGAAGUAAGCAGAAUAAAGAGAAUCAGGUAUCUGACCGACUUGACCAGGGACCUGGCAAAUGUGUCAAGUUUUACAUUCAUGCCAUUGGAAAAGAGAGAAAAAGAAUCGUGAAGCUUAGGCAACUUCACAAAAAGGGCUGCAAACUCUGUAUCUACGCUUUCAAAGAAGAAACCAUCAAGGAGGCCUUGUGCAAAGAUGAUGGCAGAUUUCUUCCUCUUCUCAAGGAUCUUUACUGGAAGCUCAUUGAAAACGCGGACACCAUUUUAGAAAGCACACAGCUGGUAGAUAACUUAGAGAAAAGGGUCUUUGAGGUGGAGUUUGACAAAAAGCCCACUAGGGCAGACACACCUGAGAAAGCUACGGCUGAGAACGCUAUGUCAGCGAACAGAGAACAGUCAGAGAAGAAAACCAUCACGCUGUUGGAAGAAGAACUUAUGGAGCAGUACCCCAGUUUGAAAAGCGCAAGUCAGAAAAUCAAAGAGAAUCUUCGGAAAAAUAAGAAAGAAGCCAAUGCUUUUUUCAAAGUGUCUAAGACAAACUUUGGGAAAAUGAUAAAUAACUCUAUUAAGGCUGCAGACAUAAAAGUUCUUUAUCCACUCCUUGACUCAGUGGGGUACAUAGAAUGGAACAACAGCAGGGCGAAAGUUUCCGCCACCUGCUUUAUUUUCAGUGGGUUGUACAUUUUCACUUGCCAGCAUGUAUUAAAUCUGAUCGUGGGAGAAGGAACAGAGGUCUGCCACUGGCCAUAUAUAAUUAGUCAAUUUGCACGGGUGACUUUCAAUUAUUACAAUUCCACCAGCAAAGACAAUGACUGCUUUUCCAUUGAUUCUUCAUUUUUGAUAUUUGAUGCGACUCUGGAUUAUGCUAUUCUGAAACUGCAAGAGGACAGAGAAGUACCUUUGGGAUUAUGUCAUAAAAUUGAUUCUGUACCACCUAGUGGAUUGGUUUAUAUCAUUGGCCAUCCAGAUGGAGAGGCAAAGGGUACUGAUUUUUGUUUUGUGAUCCCUCAGAGUCAGAGACAAAAGGAAUAUCAACAACGUACCCAACAUGACAGCCAGAGUGUCCUCAUGUACACUCGAAACAGCUUCCAAAAAAUAGUUAACAACCCUGAUAUAAUUACCUAUGACACCUCCUUUUACUUUGGUUCUUCUGGCUCCCCAAUAUUUGAUUCAAAUGGUGCAUUGGUGGCCAUGCAUUGUGCUGGUUUGACUUGUGAUUUUAAAAAAGGGACUCCUAGUAUCCUUGAAUAUGGCAUAUCAAUGAAAUCCAUCCUCCGUAACAUUUAUCAAAGUGAAGCUGGAAGAAGCUGGCUUAAUGAAAUAAAUUUAGAUGGUUUUGCAUAUGUUGACUGGCCUGUACAGGAUGUAGAAAUGGUGAGUGUGGAGGAGGAUUGAGGAUGGCUUUAAGGAAAUCAUCUAUGGAAUUAUUAUUCCAUAAGGAAUGAUGAUAGUAAAAGUAUCAAACAUAUGUCCUUUUCCAGAGCAUAAGUUAUGGUAAUAGAGUUGGGAGAAGAAUCCCUGGUGCUCAAUAUAAGAUUGAGGAAGCCAGACAAGGGGUGGGAGUGUGGGGGAACUUUGAAUCUGGGACUGUUACUGUCUGCAUACCCAGAGCUAAUCUUGAGAGUCUCCUAAAGUCUGGGAACUGCCUGCAUUCUGGGAAUCAGCUCUGCUCAAAUAGCGCACUGGUGUGCAAGGAAGAAGAAUUUUAAAAGAGGUGGCAACUUUUCAGGGUUAUAUGGAGAGACU